AUGGUUCGGUCGAGGAGUGUCCAUGGCCCGUUCAAAGCCAACCCUGCGAAUCCGGUGUUGACUAACGCCAAUACUACCAGACGGAGACAACAGGAUACCCUGUUCCGGUAUGCCACCGACCUCGAUUUCGUUCCGGAAAAGGAGGAGGACGAAGCGGGCGUGAGCGUGUUUUUGACGCAGAACCAUCAUCUCGACCUUGGUAUUGUGCUUUUACCUGCUGGGUCAGCUACCGGGUCAUUUCCUGGACAUAACUCUUCAUCAGUCACCGAGGGCGGCGAGGGAGGAGGGCUGGUGCCGCAUGUUAGGUUCCGCGGGAUAAUAUGUCCCUGUUCCGGACCCGGUGGUUGUCCCUCUACCAGAGAAAUGGGUGGGGGGUACUCGGACGCUGGAGAUCAAGGCGAUUAACUUGCAGCAUUAUGCGUUUUCGGUUGGACCGGCGGACGGAGAUGGGAGAUGCAGACGGUUGUGACGGCUUCGAAUGCGCCGGUGAGUUGGGGGUUCACGGGAACGAUACUGGGGGUUUAUUGUACGAGUAAUCGGCCGAGGGAGAAUGGGGUGGGGGCGCCGGUUUAUGUGAAGAAGUGGGUGUAGGGGUUUGGAUAGAAAGGAGGAUCUGUGGAAUGUUGUUCAUGACCUUUGUUGUCUUGAAGUUGGAUGAUAUAAACAAUGAAACACAGACGAUGUUCGGAAAGAUGUUUCG